AUGCUCACCGACUACCUGAUCUACGUGAAGACUAGCGACCGCUUUGGUGCCGGCACUGACGCCGAUGUCUUCAUUCAACUGGUGGGAGAUGACGGCAUCAGCGACGAAUGGCAGUUGAGAAAGUCUCAGCACCUGAACAAGUUCGAGCGGAAUCAGAUCGACCAGUUUACCUUCUACCAGCAGCACUGCGUCGGCAACAUUCGCAAAAUCAUCAUCAGACACAGCAAUACGGGUGAGGUAGCUUUUUAA